AUGGAACCUCCCAAGAAGAAGGCCAGGCAGAGUGUUGCGAGACGGGCCCCUUACGCCGCUGCUGCAUGCGAUUAUUGCCAUGGACGUAAGCUGAAGUGCUCUGGGGAUCGGCCCUGCCUUCGCUGCAAGAAACAUGCCAUCUCGUGCAGUUAUCCUACUGCAAGGCCGGAGUCAAGUUCUGCAGUUCAGCACGGCGACGAUCAGACGAUCCCAGAGGCGCUUUACGCCAGCAUCGAGGACUUGCAACGCAACCUGGACGACUUUAAAGCGCAACUUCGCGAAGCUACAGCUCCCGGGCAGCCCGGACCUGCCCAUCCAAGCCCGCCAGAAAUACUGCAGCUGCAUCGUACUCCUGAUAUAAAUGGGCGAGACGAAGCCGUGCCUGUGAAACGGCAGGCAGAUCCAGACAUUCCAGAUGUAUACGCUGGCCCUACCAGUUAUACUUUUGGAAUGGUCACAGCCGAUGCAAGACUUUCCAACCUCACUCCAUCCAGUAGGGAGUGUACUACGAUCGAUAGUCCGUCUCCUCCGCCUAUCAUUGGUCAUGCGCUUCCAGAGUCAGUUGUUGAGACAGGUGAGGCGGGGGAAGCCCACAACGAAACCUCACUCGAGAAAUUCACGCUAGAAGACGCCUUGCAGUGCUUGGACACGUUUCAAGCUGUGUUCGGAGUCCUCCACUCUCUGCCUCAGCUGGAGAAGAUCAGGUUGAGUUUGCCUAGUCUUUUGCGGUCUGCCAAAAGAUCACUCUGGAGCAGGCCCACCACUCCAGGGCACUGUGGCCUACUGGAGAUGCUGAAGAUCAUUCUGGGAAUCGCCUUGGGUGCACAGACUGGGGGUAGAACAAAGCUGUCAGACACCCUUUACCAGAGUGUCGAACCUACCAUCGUUACUGCUGCCUUCCAGCGCUCUAUCAGUCACGACUUUAGAGCCUUGCUGCUGCUCGUGGCAAUAUAUCACUUCGGUAAUGAGGAUCUGGUCCUUGGGUCUAGAGCCAUCAUGUAUGCGGCACGUACAGCUGUUGAAGAGGGGCUCUAUCGAAUCGAAAAACUCUCGGCCAUCGUCCCCGAUGAAAAGGAACGCCAGGCGGUAAUCCGGCAACUGUGGAGCUUGUUUGUACUGGACCGUCAGUUCAACUUCGCCGCUGGAUUGCCGCAUCAUCUCAAUGACAGUGACGUCGACCUGCCCACUCCUGUGGAUGAUGGCUACCUCGCUGCAAUGGUCAGCUACGUGAUAUUCGGAGCGCAAGCAUGGAAUUCACUGGUGAAUCGAAGUAUGCUGGCAAGUGGACAAGCUCCAUCAAAAGAUGCGAUGAAGUUCUUCCACUACCAGGUCCAUCAAUGGCAUCAGGACUUGGACCCUUCAGUGUGUUUCGAUGCCGCAACAAUCGAAUCCGACGAUCAAAGCUUCUUCACCUCCACAUCUGGUGAAGUGGAGUUGUAUCGCAAGACACUCCUGUAUCUCCGCGCAAACCAGAUUCAGAUCCUUGUCCUCCGUCCCAUACUCAUAUAUCCUCAAACAGCUCGCAAAAAUACUGCGCUAGUCAUGGAAGCCAUCAGCUUGGCCAAGAGGUCUAUCAGGACGUUGAGGAUCUUGGCCACAGAUGUCUAUUUUUAUAGGACAAGGCAAGCACUCUUUAACCACUUCCUCUCCUCUGCAUUAGCGGUCCUCUUCCUCGCAGCAGCAUAUGAUGCAGAGGCGCGCGCGAAUAAAGCUGUGACCGAGGACGAUGCAGCCAUAUUUUUGGGGCAGUCGACGAUGGAGCUUCAGCAAGGUCUCGAUCUGAUCGAAUACCAUCGCUCUCACUCGCAGUCGGCAGCCAGAUUGUGGGCACGUUUCUACCACCCGAGACAUCAGCUGAUUCGACUGGGUAUCUUACCAAGCGGUGCUGGAACAAGGUAUCAACAAGAUCAGCAUCUCCACCAGGGCCCAACAAGAGCAGGUCGGAACGAAACGCCGGAACUGGAAGAGCGUCACCCAGAUGGCAUAGUCGCCGACGGAGACACUGAGCUAGGCGGAGAAGGAGAUUUUGCUUCGCAAUUGGACACGUCCAAUUCCAUAGGCUUUGAUCCAGCGGAUUUUGAUCAUGAGGAUGGUCUGCUAUGGCUGGAUUGGUUUGAUGGGGCGUUCAUGGAUUCCUCCGUCCCGUUUGGCAUGCCAGGAUGGAUGUGA